AUGUCGCAAAAACCCCGAAAGCUCCAACGCGUCUCCAAAGCCUCUGCCCCGGAUUGCGACAGCUCAGAGCUCGCGGCUCACGCGGAUCUAGGCGACUUCUGCAACAGACGCAGCAUCAAAUGCGGCAGAAGUGAAGAUACGCUAGGCAGGUGUCAGAAUUGCGCGGAUUUUGACGUCCCGUGUACCUUCGAUCGCCCGGCAAAACGACGGGGCGUCAAGGCUGGCACCAGAGCACCGACCCGCGAGACGCCGUUGGUCAGGACCCCUGUCUCGGAAAACGUCCUCCCUGUUCCGCCCACUGCGCCGGCUACAGGGAGGACGUCUAACUCCUCUACUUCGAGGAGCUCAUUUUACCCUGACUGGGUUCACCGGCCGUCGUUGACGAACGAUCCCUGGUCGACCUUCAACGCCGGCGGUGUCGCAACCGAGGGGUACGAUGAUGAUGGUGCGCUGCGCAACUCAUGGAACGCAUUCGCCAUUGCUAGUGAUCGCCAAAUACGCAAUCUAGUGCAAGUAUACUUUGAAAUUGUCUAUCCCAUCUUCCCCCUCUUCCACAAACAAUCAUUCAUCGAGAGAGUACAUAAUCAAGAACAUCUUCGCAACCCCGGACUUUUUGCAUCCACAAUGGCCGUCUGUGCGCUGGUCUCAGGCCGGGCGCGGGACGGCGCAUUGUUCACCAAUCGGUGGCAUCGCGACGAGCUUGCAGAACCCCCAAUGGAAGCAUUUUACGCAGCGGCGAAAGACUCUAUUCCUCGAGACCUCGCGGCGGCGAAGGGCACGAAUUAUAUGCGCGCCUGCGCUAUCCUCGCCAUCGCCAGCAUCCAGAACGGCCAGAUCAAGAACAUGCAAAAAUACUUGGGAAUGUACCAUACACUUACUAGCAUGGAGGGGCUACAUGAUGAGAAGCUUUGGCCGAAGCAUCUCAGCCCAAUUGAAAUCGAGGAGCGACGAAGGCUGUUUUGGUCCAUUUAUACAUUAGACAUAUACUCCACGAUUGUGUGGGGAGGUGUGAUUCGGUAUCGCGAAGCACACUCUCUCGUGCGAUACCCCAGCGAAGUCGACGACGAGUUUAUCACGCCGCACGGGUACGGGCUCCCACCCGUAUCUCCGGCGUCGAGCGUUCUGAGCCCAGGCGAUGUGACUGUUGUAUCGAGAGAACCUGUUGCAUGGCUUCGGGGGUGGAAUUUUACAACAGAUCUAUAUCGGAUACUAGAGCACGUCGUUGAUGGCAAUCGACGUCGCUUCUCAUCUGCCAAUGGUACUUCACAAGUUUGGUCUCUCUUCAACCCGUCAUCAAUGUCAGAACCAGCGGUCAUGGAAAGGGUUCUGUCGAUGUAUGCCGCUCUACCAGCACAGUUCAAAGAAACCCCGCCCACGACUGGCGACAUGGCCAAGGAUCUGUUUGGAUUCCAAUCAGCCAAUAUUCAAGCGACGUUACAGCUUCUUCGCAUGGUUCUCUUGUCGGCAGAGGAACUCGGAGUAGACCGCAAAUGUGACGUGGCUUGGGAAUUGCUGAGUGUCUUCAGCAACGUUCCAGUGGAGUAUUUGAAGGCUAUUAGCUCCCCUCUGCUACAUCAUCUUGGUGGUAUCGGUUACAUUCUUGGAUCUGUCAUGGAAGGAAGCUUGUCGGAAGCAUCUUAUCAACGUGUUCGCACAUUACUUCUCGAAAUGGCAGAUCUCCUCGGCCGUCUCGAAACAGGCCUUCAGCGAGCAGCAGGCGCCAGUGAACGCCUUCGGUCUCAAGUGGACCGAAUAGACGGGUACAUACGAACAUCCCGGCUCUUGAAUCUCAGCGCCGGCCAUCCCCCUCCGCACCCCAAUUCCGUACCCAUUGAUACAAACCCCGAUAUGCGAAUUCCGCCAGCGACCACCUAUAUCCCUCCCAGUGGUCCUGCAACUGGGAUACACAGUGGACCGAGUCCGGUCGUUGGACCUCCGGUGGAUAACCAAAUGAUGCAGUUCCAAUUGCCGCCGGAGCUGUUGUCGGAUUGGCCAUGGCCGUUGGACGGCGGUGCUCAUCCAGAGGGUUUCAUGCCUCUGGCGUUUGAAUAG